AAAAAUGGGGUUCUUGAUGUACAUCAUCUUUGCUCUGAUCUUCGGCGCUGCUGGAUUUGCCUUAAGCGAGUUUCUGAACAAGAAGAAAGCUGCGGGUGGAGCAGGAGCUGGACCGGAUGCGGGAUCUGGACCGAGCCCAGCGAAGGGUGCUAAGGGAGGCAAAGGAGGCAAGUCCGCUAAGACGCGCUCAGCGGAGACCGCAGCAAGUCUCGGCAGCAAGAAGGGAAAGAAGAAAUGAAGGAAAGAAUUGUAAGAAGAUUGUGAUAAUAUAUUGUAUUGUAAGGAUUUUUUGGCUGAAUAAUUAAUUGCCUCUCUCAUUGUGUAUAUCUUUCCCCUAUAUUCUAUUGUUAGUGUUUGUAUAUAUGUUUUGUUUAUUGUAUGGUGAUAGUAAAUCCGGUAUA